CGCCGGGUUAGGGUUUUGCAGACAUUUCAAUUAUGCUCACCCCGCACCAAUCGCGAUGUACGCGUCGAUCGCGACAACUGUAGCUCCAGCUUCCCACCUCAGCUCAACAUCGACACCAGCUGCAACCGAGUAACCAAAGAAGUUGAUACAAAAAUGGACCAACAAAGCACGAAUUCACUGCUCCCACCUUCGGAGGUAUCACCUCUUGAGCAGGAGAUACUGGACGAAUAUGAACGUCUGGCCGAAAACAUGAAAACGCUCGCCUCCACGCUCGACCACCUAGCCAGCGCCCCGCCGAUCGAGAUCCUCGACGGCCUGCGCGACCUGGAGCGCAAGACCAGCCUCGUCUUCACCUUGCUCAAGGCGAGCGUCUACAGCAUUGUGCUGCAGCAGGAGAUCGAGUGGGGCGACCAGGCCGGCGCCGACGCUGCCACUGGGGAGGAUGAUGACGGAAGCAGCGAUGGUGGGCGCUGA